CCUCUAUAAUCAAGGUACUCCUGACUGCAGCUACAGACUGAUAGCAAGAGGCAGGGAGGGCUUUUACAGACAGAGGGAGAGUGUAGAAAUAUUAAACAGGGAAAGUUAGAAAGUCCCACUUCUGUGUUCACCCUUCCUUGACUGCUGCCUCUCCAUUCCACUACCUGAGGCAAAACAAAACCACAUGCACCCAGAGGUGCUCCAGGAGGCUUAGAGGGCUGACUCUAAAGGAAAGAAGGGAAUUAAGCAAUUUUGUUCUCAAUCCGCUGCUUCCAAACUCAGGAGAAAUACGGGAUUACAGCUUGUACGCCUUCCCCACUUACUUUUCUCUUUCUCCGCAUUUUGUCCCUCCCUGAGAUACUUGAGAAAGUUUGGAUACAACCUUCUUGAAUUGUUGGUCCCACCACAGAGAGGCAUGGCACAAGGACAAAAGAGCCCCAGGUGGGCAUUAACCCAGGGUUCCUUCAGCUUGGCAUUGGGCACGUCGCUAUUCUCCCUCCUGUUCCUCCUCCUCCUCGCUGUCUCGGCCGCAGACGAGUACGAUUAUUACAGCUGGCAGUCGGACAACUUCCACAAUGGCCGCUUCUACACCAAGCAGCCCCAGUGUGUGGACAUACCAGCUGACCUGCGCCUGUGCCACAAUGUGGGCUACAAGAAGAUGAGGCUGCCCAACCUGCUGGACCACGAGACCAUGCCAGAAGUGAAGCAGCAGGCCGGCAGCUGGGUUCCUCUCCUGGCCAAACGAUGCCAUGCUGACCAGGUGUUCUUGUGCUCUCUGUUUGCACCAGUGUGCCUAGACAGGCCCAUCUAUCUAUGCCGCUCACUGUGUGAAGCUGUAAGGGACAGCUGCGCUCCAGUGAUGGAGACCUACGGCUUUCCCUGGCCCGAGAUGCUGACAUGCGAUAAGUUCCCCAUUGACAAUGACCUCUGCAUCCCCAUGCAGUUCACUGGGAACCACGCAACCCAGCCGCCAGUGUCAAAAGUGUGUCCUCCGUGUGACAAUGAGCUGAAAGCGGACAACAUCAUGGAGCAUUUCUGUGCCAGUGACUUUGCCCUGAAGAUGAAAAUCAAGGAGGUGAAGAAGGAAAAAGGAGACAGGAAGUUGAUUGCGGCACAAAAGAAGAAGAAAGUGUUGAAGCAAGGUGUUCUUCGGAAGAAGGACCUGAAGAAGCUGACCCUGUAUAUCAAGAAUGGCGCCAACUGCCCGUGCUCCCAGCUGGACAGCCUGGGCUCCAACUUCCUCAUCAUGGGCCGCAAAGUGGACCAGCAACUGCUGCUCAUGUCCAUUCACAAGUGGGACAAGAAAAGCAAGGAGCUCAAGUUUGCCAUCAAGUACAUGAAGUCUCAUCAGUGUCCCACCUACCACACUGUCUUCCAGUGACACGCUGGACUUCUUGUCCCCAUCAGCCCUGCACUCCUUUUGGUUCAAUGCAGAUACUAAUUAUCACUUCAAUAUUCCAUCCUUAAACUCUUGUACAUCUACUGCAUAGUCCUAUGGGAAUUCCCGGAGUGCACCGGCUUUAUUUUUUCAUCUUUAACAUAGAUCAGGUUACCAACGGGGUUAUUUUGAUCUUACAAUAAUCUGACAUAUAAAUAUGGCUGAAAAGAAGGGCACUAUACUAUGCCAGCCCAUAAAAGCACCAAACAAUCUGCAGAUUUUUAUGGUAGGUAAUGUGAUGUAAUUUAAUUCUUGUAAUUUUCUUUAAAAACAAACAUAUUUUUCUAGCUCCUGUCUUUUGAAAGAACCUUUGUGAUUUGAUGUAAUGCAGCCAAUCGCUUGCGUGAUAUUUUCCAUUUUGUGCCUUUAUCAAAUAGACAAUAGGAAUGAGAAAUGGAAAGAUUUGAUGGAUCUGUUGGGGGGAAUUGAUGUUUGAUUGUUUAAUGAUUGAAUGUAAAGUGAGCUGAGUGAGAAAUGAAGGCUUCCAUCUGUGUAAAAUGAGCUGAGGACGCUACACAUAGGUUGUGCACGGAGCUACGACACAGAAAUGUGUAAAAUGAUUUCAAAGUGUAAAAAAAGUAUGUAAUUCAUAUUAGAUUAUUAAAAAAAAAAAUGUUUUUUUUUCUCACCCUGCUGGAAAAGAAAAGUGAAGAAAUGAGACACAGCAAAGAGACUGGCAAACCGGAUGAUGCUUUCACUGACUUUGUGCAGCACCAUUUUUGUGGACUGAAAGUUGUUAAACUUGAAUUUUAUUUUAUUUUUUAUUUCUUUUGAGGGGGGGGGGGGGGGGGCUAGGAUGGAGACAGAAAUGGAGAAUAAAUCAGAAGAUGAGAGAAAGACUGGCCAGAAGGGACAAUGCCAGAUUGAUCAGUCACUCUUCAAAUAUUUCCCUUUUUUUUUUACUUAAAUUGUUUUAAUUUGCUUCAGCUAAACGUAUGGUAUGAAAGCAGCAAAAUCCUGUGUGCAGACAUAGCACCUGAAUUCAGUGUUGCUGUAGCGAUAAAAGAUUAAAAAAAUUAACUUUGACAAUAUUUUCUAAUCACUUAAUCUGUAAGUAGGUGCAUUGGUCUUACAAAUAAAUAAAUAAACCAUAUAUUAAAAUUU